AUGGAUGUGAACGAUAAUAAUGAGGAUUGGUGGGCAUCAUAUGAUCAAAGAUAUUUUGAUCAGGAUGCGUUGGAUAAAGAACUGUCUAGUUUAGAAAAAGCAUUAGGUGUGAAUACAAAUCGAAGUGAAGAAAAAGAAAACGCGAAUACUAGUAAAGGAUUUUUAUGUAAAAAUUGUGGUGCUAAAUUUUCAAGGGCAUUUACAUUGAAACAUCAUCAGCAAAGAAAUGUUUGCGGUAAAAAACGCCACUUCAAUUGUCAGCAUUGUGGUAAAUCAUUUUUGAGACAAGAAUACUUGAAACAACAUGAAAACAAACGAAAAUGCGAUAGAGGUACAUUAAUUAACAGAGUCUCAAAUAUACCGACAGCUUCAACGUCAGAAGAAAGCCUUGUUUCUGUGCCAUUAGAGAAAAUCAAACGGUUUCAUUGUGAUAGGUGUAAUGGUAAAUUUGCCAGGAAAUUCAAUUUAGAUAGACAUAUAAAACGUAAUACGUGCACAAGUAAUGGUAUAGAUCGUGUUUUCACAUGCCGAAUAUGUUCAAAGACAUUCUCAUCUCCCGCGUUUCUAAAAAAAAACACAUGCGCGUACACCCAAAGAUUAAGGCUAAUUCUGGGGCUAAUGUACAAGAUAAUCCAGCCAAACAAUCGAACAACUCAGGGGCUUUAA